AGGAAGUCUGUUGUCAAAUUCGAUAAUUAGUUUUUAAUGGGAAUUCCUGACUUUCAUUCAUUACAUAAUAGGUUUUCCUUCAUGAUUCCUUUGUUAUAUGAGUAUCAUCUUCCUUAAUAAACGUUGAGUUUAACUAAUUUUUUUCAUUUUUUGGAACUUUUACGCUUGUCAGAAGGGAAGAGCUCACUCGUCAGAAUUGAUUUUUUUAUUGAACACACUGGAAGUAUGGGCAAGAAGCUGAGUCGUUCCAUCUACACAAAAUUUUUCAUCUGUCUGUUUGCCUCAGUGCUGGCACUGAUUAUACUGGCUGUGAUAGUUCUGGUAUGGCCUGAGAAGACACUGCAGGAGGUGGGCGCAGACAAGUUCAAGUCUGUGAGGCUUCCUACAGGUCCACCAAUAGAUAUCCGCAAUGACAGUCCAUUGGCUGAUGAGAGGGAUGAAUUGUGUACUUUUCACAAAUGUUUCAAUGUGUAUGAGUGUGGAUACAAUGAUCAGACAAAAAUAAGUGUCUAUGUUUACCCCAUACAGCAGUUCCUUGAUGAGUCUGGAGCAUCAAUGUUGUUGUCUAUAUCCAAGGAAUUCUAUGAGGUACUGUCAGCCAUCAUGGAGAGUCCAUUCUACACCAGUGACCCCACCAAAUGUUGUCUGUAUGUACCAUCUAUAGACCUACUCAACCAGAACAAACUCCGGUUGAAGGAGACCAGUCAAGCUCUUGCCGCAUUGAAAUGGUGGGGAGAUGGUGCCAACCAUUUACUAAUGAACAUGUUGCCAGGCAGUGUGCCAGAAUAUAACAAUGUGAUAGAUAUCAAUGUUGGUAAAGCAGUAAUUGCUGGUGGUGGGUUUUCAUCGUGGACAUACAGACGAACAUAUGAUGUCUCUAUACCAGUCUACAACCCUCUAACUGCCAACAUCUAUUUACCAGAGAAAUCUUACUUAGAAGUGCGGCAGUGGUUGUUGGUGUCCACACAGACAGGUUUACAUCAGGAGUAUAAAGAGGUUCUGGUAGGAUUGGACAAGUCUCAGUUUUUGCUUGUAGAUAAGUGUCCUACCUCAGACAGUAACUGGGACUUUACAAAGAGGUGCCAGGACACUUUGACAUUCCAGUAUCCACAAGUUCUCCAGGAAUCAACCUUUUGCCUAGUUCUACGUGGUUCCAGACUGGGUCAGACAGCGCUGUAUGAUGCCAUGAAGGCGGGCUGUAUCCCAGUUGUAGUUGCUGACAGUUAUGUGAUGCCAUUCUCUGAAGUCCUGGACUGGAAAAGGGCAGCUGUAACAGUAAGAGAAGAUGACCUUGGAGAUGUUGUUAAAAUUCUGCAGUCAUUUAGCACAGAACGUAUCUAUGAAAUGAGACAGCAGGUCCACUUCUUCUUCAACAAAUAUUUCCGCACCAUGAAGGAUAUAACACUAACUACACUACAGAUCAUCAAUGAUAGGGUGUUCCCCUAUGCUGGCAGAAAGUACGAGGAAUGGAAUGACUUCCCAAGAAUGGGAACAUCUAGAAAUCCACUGUUCCUUCCUCUAAUGCCACCUAGCAGUCAAGGUUUUACAGCAGUGAUACUAACAUAUGACAGACUGGAAUCACUGUUUGAUGUCAUACUGCAGGUAGCAAAGGUGCCCAGUCUAGCCAAGAUCAUUGUAGUGUGGAACAACCAGGAAAAAACACCACCUCAUGAGUCUGCCUGGCCAAAUUCUGGAAAACCUCUGAAGGUGAUUCAGACAUCUGAGAAUAAACUGAGUAAUAGAUUUAAGGCAUACAAGGAGAUAGAGACAGAAUGUAUCCUAGCGCUAGAUGAUGAUAUUGUUAUGCUGACAGCUGAUGAAUUACAGUUUGGAUUUGAGGUAUGGCGUGAGUUCCCGGAUCGUUUAGUUGGAUUUCCAUCUAGAGUUCACCUGUGGGAUAAUACCACAGGAAAAUGGAGAUACGAAUCUGAAUGGACAAAUUCUAUAUCCAUGGUUCUCACUGGAGCUGCUUUCUAUCACAAGUAUUUCAGCUAUCUGUAUACAUCCAACAUGCCUGGCAAUAUAAAGUCCUGGGUAGAUGAACACAUGAACUGUGAAGACAUUGCAAUGAACUUCCUUAUCUCAAACGUUACCGGCAAAGCACCUAUUAAAGUUACGCCAAGAAAGAAGUUCAAAUGUCCUGAAUGUAUCAAUACAGAGAUGUUGUCAGCAGAUAUCACACACAUGGUAGAGAGAUCAGAAUGUAUAAACCAGUUUACAAGUGUUUAUCAGUCCAUGCCAUUAAAAUCUGUGGAAUUUCGUGCUGAUCCAGUGCUAUACAAAGAUAAUUUUAAUAUUGAAUUAAAGAAAUUUAAUGAUAUAGGAAGUUUAUAGAUCUGAGAAAUUAGAAUAUUGAAUAUCAGUGAACAUGUGAUUGCAAUUCUGAUAACCUUGUUUCUCUGAAAAAGUCAUUGAUAACUUAACGCUUUUUCUGGAUGUUACAUACUACAUGUGAGUGCAAUUAAAUAAUGUGCAAAUGAGUAUUAUGUGACCGUGACAGGCUGUCUUGUAUUAUUAAUUUGUUAUAAAAAAGGGUAAAAAUUGACAGAAUUAUAACUUUCUGGCUGCAGUUCGUUCGCAUUUUAUUAAAUUUUUAGUUUUAUGAUUAUUUAAAAAAAAAAAAAAGAUCAUAUUAUAUUUCUACCAUAUUCUCAGAGAGUCAAACAUGUUAUCAGAAAUGCAUUUUACUUGUUACACAGUCCAGUAUUCAUGAAUGAUUUAAGCCGGAAAUUUAGACUAAAGAAUUGUUUGUUGCAAUUUCAUAGGGAUGACACUUAGCUGAGCUGUCUAUAUCUAUAAAGUUUUAUCACAAUAUGUCAAGGGCUGAGCACGGAACUACAGUAUCAUGUUCUUUAUUUCUAUACAUUUACAAUACUUUGCACACAGCCCUCAGUGUGUUUUAAUGUUUAAAACUACUUGCCCACAGUUUUGGAGAAACUGUUCAACAUGUUCAUUUCCAGCAAGUUUGGCUUGGAAUGUAUAUAAGACACUGAAAAAUGAUGAAGUGGGUGAAAAUGAUAGUUAGAUAUGGGUAAAAUGCAAGAAGAAUGUAAAUUUUCUACAUUAUUUCAAAAACGUUGCAAUGGUUUACUACCUUCUGCACAAUAUUUUAGUUAUUUAUAAGAAUAUCUUGCAAAAAUCUUAUGUUAAUAAGUUUGUGUUACUAGUCACUUUCAGAGCACUCACCUUUUCUGGAUUUUUGAGAGAAAUUAUAUAAUGACAGACCAAAAAAAAAAAAAUUGAAGUCUAAGCCUCAGGUUUUAAACAUUGAUGAAUAUGGACCACGUUGCCAUAGAAACCAUGGGAUACAAAGCAAAUUGUGAUACAUGGACUUUAAAAGACUUUGUUUUACACAGUUCAUUUUCAGAUUUACCAAUCAUCCAUUUGUUUGUGUUAUUUGUACAAAGGCCAGUAUUAUAUUUUGUACUUCGCUUUAAUUUUAUUAUUUAUCUGCUGUGUUAUAGCCUAACUUGUGAUCUGUAUGAAACUGUUUUGAAAGGCUAGUACCUUGUAUUUUAGGCUAUGUGUGUAUUAGUUUAUACAUGUAUACAAGUGAUUAAGAAGAUCUUUUGUUUGCUUGACAGCUUUUGUGAUAAGUUCAUUGUGUGACCAGAUAUAAUCGCAGGGUAUUUCUUUGAAUAUUUUAAGGGCACUGACUUCCAGAUUGUACGAUAACAAAAAGGAAAAUUUUUAGAUAUCAGAAAGUUAUUGCUAUAUUUCUUAAGAAGGUUUUGAAAGUUAGUAUUUGACAGAUUAUGUAUUAUGAAAACACAUAAGAAUUAGUUGUUUUUACUAAUUUUUCAAAACUGAAAAGCAUUUGUAACGGGGCACUGGAGGUAAACUGCUUUAAUUAUAAAGUUUUAUGUUUGAUGACAGGUAAAUACAUAUUCCUCUGUGGUGUACUGGAAAAAUUUUAUUGCUACAGUGGUCGGAGUUUGAUUCCCAACGUAGGCAUGUUUUUGUUUCUUGAUUCGGUAUUUUUUUAGAUAGUUUAGGAGCAAAAACUCAUGUUCUAAUGUUCAUAAUAUGACCAAACUUCAAUUUUUAAGAAAGGUCAUUAUUGGCCAAAAUCUGGAGGUCAGUGUCUUUAAGAUGCUCACCUGCACAAAAUCUGGAGGUCAGUGUCUUUAAGAUGCUCACCUGCACAAACUAUGUGUUUAUAAUGCCUAUAUGUAAUAUUGCAUCUCUGCUGUAAACUUACUGACAGCAAUGAAUGUUUCUAAAAUGUCCAUUUAGGAUAGUUAAGACAUGUCAUUUCAUGCUAGAUUUGAAAUUGAACAUUGAAAAUUCCUAUGAUAUCCUUUCAGUAGCCGUAUCAUAUUGAAAUGUAUUAGUGUCUGAUGGCUCUUUCAUGCUUAGUAAACGAAAUUCAUUUUGAAAAUAUUUCUGAAAUGUCUAGGUCUACAGCUCUCAAAUAUGGAAAUAUCUGUUAUCCAAUGCUGACACAUUCUGACAACAUCAAAAAGGACCUUUUCAACAAUUUCCAAGUUCCAAAAAUCUGCAUAUACCCUUUCUCCAUUACGGACCCCUGUGGGAUUUGUGUUUUUCCCAAGUGCAAAUAUUUUUUCGUAGUUGAAAAGCUGACCGAAGGUAUUUUCAUAUCGUAAGAAAGUACUGAAAAUUGACUCCCCAUUAAAAAAAAAUGUACACAUGCAUACAUUUAGAAGGGAUGACACCUGCACUUGAACCCUGACUAUAGACCAAUGCAAAUGCGGCUUGUUUUCAAAUUUAGCCUGUGUACUUUCAUUUUCUUUACUCUUGGGAAAAGCUGAAGGUCGUCUGUUGUCAUUUUCUGUGUUGUCAGAAACAUGUUGUAUGCCUGGUGAGAUUGUAUAAAAAAACGUGCCGGCCCUCCUAAGGAUAUAUUGUAACUGCAGACUUAGCAUUAUUUGUAAAACUGCACAACGUCAGCCCUUGCUAGCUUCAAAAUGGACACUCAUACAUUUAUGGACAUGAAAAUCUUAAUUUACUAAACUUUUUUGAAGCCAGGGAGUUUUCUUUGCAGUAAUUGAGCUAUUAAUGGUGUUUGUAUUGUUACCUAAAUCACAAUGCCAAUGUCAACGCAAUAAGGGCGUAUCUACAUAUAAUAAUCACAUGUAGAUAUGCCCUUAUUGCGUUGAACCCUCGAACAGCUUUAAAUGCCAAGUGGGGACUGUAAAAAUUCUCCCCAUUCUUAGUCACAGUGUUGUUACAUUUUGUUGUCCAUUGGAAUCUAGAAGUCCAUUCAGUUUUACUAUAAAAAAGUUCUAUUUAUGGCCUGGCAUCUGUGAAGUUUUGUCAGUAGCAGUGAAGUUUGAACCAGCAAGCUUAGCCCUUACCAUGCUGGACACGAUUGAUUUUGCCUUUGCGACCAGUGUAGAUCAUGGUCAGCCUAACCAUCUGUGCAGUCUGAUCAAGAUCUGCACUGUUCGCCAUUCAGUCAAUAUGUUUUUGUUAAGCACCCCUUUUAACAGUUAUUGGUACUGUCCAAAUUGAAAGGUGAACAAGUUCAUUAUAGAAAUUUAGCAGGGUAAGGGUUACUGAAUACUGCAAGCCUCCAGAUUUAUGUCAUAUUUGUUUCAAAAUUUCCUUGUGUUUGUAAUUUGAGAAAAAAAUCUUGUAAAGAGAUUCCGUCUAUUCCGUCUAUGGUAACAUUAUGUCAAUAAAAAUGUAGAAAUUCUCAAUAGUGGCAGUCAAGCUAUUGAAAUUUGUUACGAGAAAGAAAAGUUAAACUGCAUUUUACCAAUCUUUGUAUUUACUAUUAAAUUAUAUAUUUUAACAAUGCUGUAUAUCAUUUUAAAUUCUAAUAUCAUUUGUUUUGAAUUUCUUUAUGUCCAUUUGUGUUCAGAAUUUAAGAUUUUUAUCACUACAUAAAUAAUUUAUCCACGAGUGAAAUUUUGCUAAGCUGUUAAUAUGGCCACUUCACUGACAAACUCACAAAUACAUUUAGAGCGAUGUUUUAAAGCAUUUGGUUACCUUUGUAAUGAAUUUUGUGGCUUUGAUUGGUAUCUGAUGAGCAGAAUCAAGUUUAGCAUUGAAUUUUUUUUUUUCAAAACUGACAUUUGCUUUGAAAUGAAUACCUUAUUAUUUGUAUUAGUUGCAUUAUUAACAAAAAGUCAAAGAAUAAGUCUUGUUUGACCAGUAUAUACAAUCAUGCCUGUUUUUCAAAUUUUAUAUUUGUAUCUUCCGUUUAUAGGGCUUGUGUAAAGUAACUUUGAUUUUCAUCCCUGCCACAGCAGAUUUGUGUCAUCUUGUAGCUACAUCAACCAACUGGUCAUUGCAUUCUGCUUCAUUCUAUGUUAAAUCAAAGCUUUAUUUCACAGUAGACUUGCCAUUUUUAGCUCACCUGAGCAAAAGGCUCAUGGUGAGCUUUUGUGACGGCUCAAUGUCCGUCGUCCGUCGUGUGUCCGUCAACAUUUUCUAAAAUAAUCUUCUUCCUGAAAACCACUUGGCAGAAUUACACCAAACUUCACAGGAAUGAUCCUUGGGUGGCCCCCUUUCAACAUUUUUCAAAGAAUUGAAUUCCAUGCUGAACUCUGGCUGCCAUGGCAACCGAAAGAAAAACUUUAAAAAUCAUCUUGUCCAAAACCACAGGGCCUAGGACUUUCAUAUCUGGUGUGUAGCAUCAUCUAGUGGUCCUCUACCAAAAUUGUUCAAAUUAUCCCCCUAGGGUCAAAUAUGGCCCCGACAAGGGGGUCACAUGGUUUAUAUAGACUUAUAUAGAGAGAACUUUGAAAAUCUUCUUGUACAAAACCACAUGGCCUAGGGAUUUGAUAUAUGGUAUGUAGCAUCAUCUAGUGGUCCUCUACCAAGAUUGUUCAAAUUAUCCCCCUAAGAUCAAAUAUGGCCCCACCCCGGUCCCAAGUUUUACAUAGACUUAUAUAGGAAAACAAGUUUAAAAUCUUCUUGUCUGAAACCACAACACUUAGACCUUUGAUAUUCCGUUUGUAGCAUUGUCUUAUGGUCCUCAACCAAAAUUGUUCAAAUUGUACCCCUGGGGUGAAAAGAGGCCCUGGGGAUCCCAAGUUUUAUAUAGACUUAUAUAGGAAAAAACUUUAAAAAUCUUCUUGACUGAAACCGUACGACCUAGGCUUUUGGUAUUUGGUAUGAUGCAUUGUCUAGUAGUCCUCUGCCAAAAUUGUUCAAAUUAUGCCCCUGGGGUUAAAAGAGGCUCCGCCCUGGGGUCACUUAGUUAUUAUGUGAGUUAUAUAGGAAAAAAUACUUAAAAAUUCACUUGAUCCUAUUUCCAAGACUGUUUAAUUAUAAUUACCUGAUUACCCAAAGCAAUAUGAUGUCACUUGAUUGACCUUGACCUACUGACCUACUAUCUUGUUUUUAAAGGUACAGCCUUGAAAUUUUAAUGAUAUACACAGUUUUGCAUACCAGUCGUAAAACUGAAUUUCAUUGACCAUGAAUGUGACCUUUUGGAACAUGUAGCUCAUAUUACUCAGGUGAACAAUCCAGGGUCAUCAUUACCCUCUUGUUAUAGAUAUUUUUAGUGAACAUGAGCUAAGCUCUUACAUUCACCUUUUUAUCAGUGAGUUGUAUACAUGUUUGAUCAAUUAUUUACAUGGAUAUAAUCCAGUAUUUGAAAGAAGUGUUCUGAGUAAGUGUGCUUUAUAUUUUACUUUUAUGUUGAUAAACACUUCAUACUCUGUAUAGAGUCUUUCCUUUUCAUUGUUUCUAGAUAUGUUUCAACACCAUUUACUAGGAGAAACACAUCAUAUGUCUGUCAGUCUGUGUAUCAAUGUGUUUUAGUGUCUGUGACAAUAAUGGAAUUCUUAGACUGAGAAAUUAUCUUAGAAAGACCCGAGUCCAAAUCGCAUAAUUCCAAAGCAGGAGCACUUUUUUUAGAAAAAAAAAACAAACUGUAAAAUACAUUAAAAGCUGCUAAAGUUAAAAGUUGGUACCUUUGACUAAUUAAAAAUUAUUUUUCGUUUUGCCUUUAUGCAGGGAGGGGCCCUGUCUGAACUUUAAAAAUUGCUUUUUAUAUUCUGAAAGACUCACAGGAGGUAAUAAUUGAUUGUUAUAAACUGGUUUCAUCCAGAACUGUGUAUCAGUUGUUAAAUUUCGACAUUGCAUUUUCUGUCGAUUGUUUUGUGCUAUCUCUUUGUAUAUACAUUAAUAUUUUGUUUCCAAUUUUUGUACUUCAGAAAUAAUGAUAAUAAAACUUUUUCACAGAG